UUAGACACAAUUUAAUUUUGUGAGCAUUGGUGGAAUCAUACUGAUCAACAUUAUAGAUAGCAUUUGGAUUUUCAUUUUAACAUUAGAACACUGUCUAUACUGUAGGGAAAAUAGGACUUAACUCGAAAACCAAAAUGGCAGAACGAAUGGAAACACCAUUACAAUUAGCGUCGGAUAGUGUGUAUGAUUGUCUUUGUUUCGGAUGCGAAGAGAGUGGUCUGCAAAUCGAGGCUCAACAUUUCUGCAAACGAUGUCAACGCUACUUUUGUGAAAACUGCGUCGGUCUGCAUAAUCAACUUUUCAAGACCCAUGUCGUUUUAGGGAAGGGAGAGAAAUCAGACUGGUCCCUUGCAGAAGCAAAGCUGGAUUAUAUAACAAAGUGCGAACAACAUCCGAAAGAAACGAUAAAGCUGUUUUGUAAGGGUCACAGAAAGCUGUGCUGCAUUUAUUGUUUGCUCUCUGAUCAUAAAAUUUGCGAAAACGUAGUUCGUAUCGGGGAAGAGGCGGAAGAAUUUGACGUUGAAGAGGAUUUUGAGAACCUCCCUCAAAAUAUUCUCGCUAGAUGUGAAACAAUAAACUCAGAACACAUCGAAAUGGAGAAGCAGCUUGAGACUCUGCAAUCCAGUUUUGACGAAACACUUCUAGAAGUCGCGUCUUUCCAAAAGAAAAUGACAGAUGCAAUUGAGAAGCUGGGUCAGUUGUCUACUUCGGAACUUAAAACAAUGUUUACCAGUAUUCAUGAAACCUGCAUCAAUGAAAUUCAACGUCAUUCAGAGAUUAAUCAAAGAUAUAAACAUCUCCAAAAAGGUCACGAAAGCAUAAAACAGGAUAAUAAGCAACUAGCGUUUAUACUGUGUAAGAAAUAUGAUGAACUUUACGAAGAAACAGACUCGCUAUAUAAACGAAAAGACAACAGGGAAAUUAGCUUCAGAUUCCAUGCUGAAGCAUCGAUGUUGCAGUUACUGUCCAAAUUGGCUAGCCUUGAAAAAGUUCAAACAUAUAAGAACGAGUCAAGUAAAGUCAUUAAAGUAUCAGAAAAGACCGAGUUUACUAUUUCAGAAGUUUCGGAAACGGGAAUGAUAAUUGGAAUAUGUGAAUUGGCAAACCGUAAGUUUAUAAUAGCUGAACGUUCUAACGCGAAGACUUACUUGUUAGAUGACUCGUUAAAAGUGGUGUCACAUCUUUAUUUGAAAAGCCACCCGCAAGAAAGUGUAACGUUAGUUUAUAUAGUGUUGCCGUUCUACUUGAUGAUGGUGAUCUCCUCUUUAUUCGUAUUAAUUAUCACCAAAUGACAACGGAGAGAAUAUUACAAUUGGGGAAAGGUUGUUCCGGUAUUGGAUACCACAACAACGAUAUAUUUGUAGGAAAAUCUACAAACAUCGUCCACUACAGUACUGCAGAAAAAAUCAAACAAGAAAUAUCUCUUCCACGUGGAUUUGUUAAAACCAUUUAAAUACAUUUGUAAAAGCAAUAUCCUAAUAUUUAUAACAAUACAUAAUACAUGUGAUGU